CAUUACAAAAUGUAAUUAAUUGGAAGAAACACAAAAAACUUACUAAAAAAAUAAAAGCUGAGACUUAGUAUACUUACCUUUUCUAGGCACGCUCCGCUAUGGUCGUUGUAUGUGAUCAGGUUGCACAUGCAGGGUUUUUUUGUUGUUGUUGUUGUUUUUGUAUGUUUUCUUUUUUGCAGUUGUAGCAUCUGAAAUAGUUAAAUCAUUACAAUUACCCAGUGAAAAAAAGUUCCCAGGUGUUCCAGACAAAUAGAUUUCAGUUCAAUAAAAACAAGUGCUUUUUUUCGAUCUUUUCCCGUCAUGUUUGUAAAGUAAUAGGCUACAACAUUAUAGUGCCUCACUGAGCACAGAAGAGCUAUUAGCUUCUCCCCUAACCUCCUGUUUAUUCGGAUCCGGGGUAAGGUACUCAGUAGGUGAUGUUAAUCCAUCUCCCUGUCGCCUAGGAAACGGCGCAGCGUAAUACAGCCCUGGCUUCAGCACGGGGAAGCAUAAAAGCGAGCUCUCCUGGACUCUCGCGCGUUUGUGUUUCAAUCCCGGGCUCCUGCAAGCUCGAAUUUGACAACACGUCCGGUGUGAGUGUGUGUAUGUCUGUUUGGAUAGACACAAGCAAAGCAGGUUUGAUUUAAUGUAAGUGUUAAUCAUGAGCAAUGGAUGGACAUGCUGAGCUCAACUCUCCAAAAGAGGCACCAAAUAACGCGGAGAUGCUGUUCGCUCUGCUGGCUCACAGCGAGGAGUUGCAAAAAGAAAUCCCAAUGUGUGCAGGCUGCAAUCAACACAUCGUCGAUCGCUUUAUUCUCAAAGUGCUUGAUCGCCACUGGCACAGCAAGUGCCUGAAGUGCAGCGACUGCCAGGCACAACUGGCAGACAAGUGCUUCACCAGGGGUGACAGUGUCUACUGCAAAGACGAUUUCUUCAAGAGAUUCGGGACCAAGUGCGCAGCAUGUCAGCAGGGGAUUCCGCCCACACAGGUGGUGAGGAGGGCGCAGGACUUCGUCUACCACCUGCACUGCUUUGCCUGCAUUGUAUGCAAGCGGCAACUUGCGACAGGUGACGAGUACUAUUUGAUGGAGGACAGCAGGCUGGUCUGCAAGGCCGACUACGAGACCGCCAAGCAGAGAGAGGCCGAUUCUACAGCAAAAAGGCCACGAACGACCAUCACUGCGAAACAGUUAGAGACACUGAAGAACGCUUACAAUAACUCUCCAAAACCAGCCCGCCAUGUGCGGGAGCAGCUGUCAUCAGAGACGGGUCUGGAUAUGCGGGUUGUGCAGGUGUGGUUUCAGAACAGGCGAGCUAAAGAAAAAAGGCUGAAGAAAGAUGCCGGGCGCCAAAGAUGGGGGCAGUACUUUCGCAAUAUGAAGAGGUCACGGGGUAGCUCCAAAUCUGACAAGGACAGCAUCCAGGAGGAGGGCAUGGACAGUGAUGCAGAGGUGUCCUUCACAGAUGAACCACCAAUGUCAGAGCUUGGCCACACUAACGGCAUUUACAGCAGCCUGAGCGAGUCCUCUCCAGCUAUGGGAGGCCGCCAAGCGGGCAACUCUUUCCCCCUUGAGCACGGCGUCCUCCCCUCUCAAGACCAGUUCCACGACAUGCGCUCCAACAGCCCCUACAGCCUUCCUCAGUCACCGGGGUCACUUCAGGCACUACCAAGACACCAGCCUCUCAUCUCCAACCUGGUCUACCCUGAUUCUGCCCUAUCUAUCAUGGCCCAAGGCAGCGGUCCUGGGAUCAACCCUGCUGUGAGGGUUUCCAUGGGGGCAGCUAACGGCCCCAGCUCAGACCUCUCUACCGGCAGCAGCGGCGGAUACCCAGAUUUUCCAGCCAGUCCUGCCUCCUGGUUAGAUGAAGUGGACCAUGGGCAGUUUUGAUUGGUCAACAAUAACAAGUUUGAGCUUUUUUUCUGCAUUUUUUGUGUCUUCUGUUGGAUUUUACGAGUUGGAAAAUAGUCUCACAGGGCUGUGAUUGUGUAAGGAAAGGAAGCAGAUUGCUGUCCCUGGAUCACAUCAAUAGCUGACUGACAGGUUCAUUCGGUGUGUGUUAUCUGAAUGAAAGUAAGGAAGACAAUGCUCCUCAUUUUAAGGACUUGGCCUAACAAUUAUCCUUCAGUAGUAAUACUGUAUGCAAAGUAAGGAGUUUUUCAAAAAUUCUCCAUUUUCAGACACCACUAUAAGCUCUUUAAGAACAAUAUAGAGACCACACACACACAGAAAGUUUAGACAUCAACCUUUUGUUUGCUUUACCAACUCUCCCUCUCUGCCCACUGCUCUUUGUUAACUAAAGUGUAGUAGGUGCAGAACUCAGUUCAACAUUCAAAGUCUUUAAAUGUCUGGUUGUUGCCAAAUGUCUAUAUAAAUAUAUAUAAUGGUUUAUCAUUGUGGAGACUUUAUUUUUAUACAAACCCCUUCUUGGACAUGAAUAAGAACCCGCAUAUGAGGACUUUGUACAUUCUUGAACAGGGAUAUAGGCAAAAAUUGUAGAUGUUGUCUUAAAUGGUACCUAGGGAUCCAAUUACUUCUAUGCAUUUGUGUGUUCUCAGAUGUAACUUGUUCGUUUCAUUCUACCAGAAACCACCCCAAGGAAGAACUGUAGUACCCGGGGUCUGAUGUAUAUGUUUGUUUAUGUGGGAAAAAACAUGUUUUAUGUCUUAUUUAUUCUGUCUGGUAAUGAUGAUGAUGAUGAUUCCUAAUUAAAUGGCAGGACUUUAAUAAAUUUGUCACCUAAAUCAAAAUGGGAUUCAGUCCUUUUUGGUUGCUGUACAAAACAGUGCAUCAUACCUUAUGAGACGACGAGAGUAAUGAGCGCUCAUAAAAGUAAUUGAGUAAAGUAUUCGAAGCGGUUAUUCAGAAAACUGAAGAUGAAAUUUUAUUGUUACAUUUUAGGUUAUUUUUAGCACUUGAAAAAUUAUUGUUAAAACAGGGAAACAAGAACCAACGAACAAGGCAGUCACCCUUUAUUCGUCUUACCUGCAGCAUUUUUUAUCUUGCAUCUCUAUAGUACAUAUCGCCACACUGACUGUGAAACCAGAGCAAGCCUGCAGUUCUGCCUGUGUCUGCAAAUUGAGUAUCUGGCUAACUACCAACACUGUAUCAGGGGUUCAACAGCUCUUUAGUGAAGAAAUUUGAUGCAGUCAACCCAUCAAUUCAGAGAUUACUGGGUCUUGUUUGCCCAAAUGUCCCUAUGGGAAAGGAAUCUCCAAUCCAUUAUCCAAGAAGGGAUCAAGUGCCCCUUGUGAAUUUCCUCAUUUGUUUAGUUAUUCAAAGUCAGAUUCAAUUAAAUAGAUUAAACAGUAAAUGUGUGCGUGCAUGCGAGUGUAUAUGUGUGCGGUUCUUUGUUGACGUGUUUCCUUCUAUAAGGGCUUGUGAUACAUACGCAUGGAAACACCUUUGCAUCAUACAAGUUUUAAAUCUUUAUGCUUUCUGUAGUGUUUUUUAAUGGGUGCUUUCUUUUUGUAUUGAUAUUUGUGCUCACCAUCUAUAAGCCAUUAGCGGGUAAAGCCAUUUUACUUUACCUGUUUCAAUUUCACUUCAAGCAUCCUAAAUAUGUAAAUCAAUAAACCGCGAUGGAAGCAAUAUACUUAUGGACACCUUUGAAAACUUUUUUUUCUUUUUUUUCCAUUUUAUGCUACAUCAUGUAGUUUCGCUUAAAAUAUUGUUUUUUGCUACACUAAAGGAUCCAAUGAAAAAGGUUAAAUUACCAAGCAGAAUGUAAAAUAUUUGCAAUCUGUCCAUUUUUGGAUAAUGCAUUUAAAGUAAAUACUGCUGCAUUCAGAGAGACUGAAUCUGAGUCUUGUGCAUGGUUGUGCGUUUUUGUAUGCAGAUUUGUAAAAUUUGACAUGCACGAGGACAACAGCCAGCUGUCCUCAUACCCUUCUUUUGUUUUGAAGUGUAACCUCCAACUUCCUCUGCCGCUAAUGGCUGCCUGAUCUGCUCCUCGGGUUCCAACAACAAGGGAAGGAACACCAGAGCUGAAUCCUUCCAGCUGAGAGGCAGGUAUCAUUGUUGCAUCCCAGGUGUGUAACCUGACCCAGAGAGUGUUUGGUGAAAAGAGAGUAAGGGGGUGAGAGUGAACAGUCAAAGGCUCGGUCAGUUUACUGGGUUGUUUGCAUUUGGGUUAGAAAGGCUUAUUUGUUGCUUUCCUUUGCUUAAAGGAAAGGCGCAGUAACGUGGCACCUGUGCUAUAGCUUCAUGCAUUUACACUCUAAGAAGUUCUUUGGAUUUCUCGGCCCCAUCACAUUUUAACAUUUUCACCCUUUCUUUUACCUUCACUUCUCAUUACUAAUGCGAAAACGCAUUAGUGUGGACGUAGCCUGUCACUCUGCAGGUGUGAGAUUUUAGUGACCAUAGGGUGAACUCCUCUAAGCAAAUAACUGGGAUUAUGUCACCCCACUCUUUCAGAUUGAGUUGGAAAUCCACUAUUUUCUGAGUGAAAAAUUAGAUUAGGGUUGUUUAAACAAUUUGUCAAAUGGGUUGUACAGACUUGCUACGGAAAGCAUAUUCAACAACUUAAGUUGAAUGAAGAGCGUAACGCGUAAGUAAAUGGUGGGAAAAUUCAGAGGAAAUAGAAGUAGGUGGGGAAAAGUGUAACGUGAUAUAUGGAGUGUACAUUUGUAUUUGUACAAGGUUGCACGCAAUUUAAGGAAGAAUACGACUGAGACAGAAAGAACAAGAAUUAAUUAACAAAAUUAACAAAAAUUAAUUAGGAAAACCAAACUUUACUUAAUUGUGUGAAUCAGUAGGAUUGUUGUUGUAUUGUACACAAUUAAAAGCAGUUGAAGGAUUGCAUGAUUCUUGACUCAUGCACAGGAUUUCUAUAAAAAGCAGUAACAUGUGUGCAAAAAAAAAAGAAGAACAAAAUAGGGAGGGGAAUAAAAGCAUCUUAACCCUCUUUUAUAACAGUUAAAAUUUCAUCAUAAAUAACAAAUUAUUUUAUUUCAAAGUCUGCAUACAAUAUAAAUAAUCAGCAUUUUUAAAAGGGUCUUCUUAAAUGUUUUAAUUUUUAAGAUGAGCAUCCAAUGAGAAGUUAAAUGCCCCUCUCAUUUCUGUCUGCUGUUGCAUAUGAAGCUAAACAGGACACAACUAGUCCAGCAUAAAGAAUGAAAACCAAAAGAAACAGUGCAGUUGCUUUAAAAACAUCUGCUAUUCACUGCAUCUAAAGCUUAUUAUUGCAGUGUUAUGUAUGUUUUUUUGUUUUAGGGUUUUUCCAUCAUCAUACAAAAAAAUGUAAAAACAUCAAAUUAUUGUUUGAUGUGGAUUUCCUCUUAACCAGUUUCCCCUGCUUACAGCCUUUUUACUAUGCUAUGUUAGCCAACUUCAGUUUAUGAGACUGUCAAUGAUACUUCAGUCUUUUCUUCUAAUUUCUGAUAACACAGCAAACAAAUCCUUUAAUAACGUAUAUUUUUAUCAUGUCUGUAAAAUAAAAUUUAUAAAACCAAGACUUAAGUUA